AACUCAUAUAUUAUUUUCCUUUUUUUUAACUUCCAAAGGACUUCAAUAAACUUUCUACUAAUGAACUUGGCUGUAGCAGAUAUGACCGUAGCCACGUUUUUUGCACCGCAAUACGUUUUGACACACGCCUUCACCCAUCCAGAUGGAUUAACUGGCACAAUACUGUGCAGACUACUGACUGGUGGAAAUUUAGGUUGGAUAGGAGCUGCUGCUUCAGUGUUCACCUUGGUUGUGACAUCAAUUGAACGAUAUUACGCAGUGCUAUAUCCUCAUGAAAACAAUGGAAGAAUUUCUAACCGCAAGCUCAAGGUAUUUUUGAUUAACUCUUAAUUAGCGCCUGUCGUGAUAAUAGAGACUGUUCCGUACACACUCUUCAGAGGGUUUAACUUAUAAAUGGCAUUAUUAAUUUUGUUUUUGCGUGUAACACCUGUCAAGUAGCAUUCUCGUUCCCAGUCUGCCUUGACGAGUUUGGGUGUGACAUUUCAUCGCGAGAGUUGACCUACGAACCAUUGAAAAACAACGGGCCGUAAAAUACAAAGUAGCAGCGCUUCGAGCGUUUUUAAAUUAAUUAUUAGUGGUACACAAUGAUAGCCUUCUUGUCUGAAUCAAAAGUCUCAGCAGACCAUAUAUACGUUUUCUUUGAUAUCAUUUCAGGUGAUUAUACCUUGUUCUUGGAUAUUUGGAGUGGUAAUCAAUAUCCCGGGGUUUAUCUGUGCGAAUUAUGUUAAGGCUGAGCAAGCUUGUGCUUAUGUGUGCCCUGAAGAAUGGAUCGGCCAGCUCUAUAGUUCCUCUUGGUGUUUGUUGAUAGCAUUUCUGCCGGUGUGUUUGAUGACUUCUUUGUACUCCCGUGUCGUGGUCACUUUGUGGUUCAAAAGUGCAAAGUCCGAUGAAAACAGCAGUCAGCAACUACAGGUGUGAAACAAUACUGACAUUAGUUCAGUUCAGUAGUAAAGUAGUGGGGGUAGUAGUAGUGGUGGUGACGGUUGUGAUGAUUAUGGUUAUGGUGAGUGGUGGUGGUGGUGGGGAUGGUGAAAGUAGUAGUUGGGGUGGAGAUGGUGGUGGUAGUAGUUGUGGUAAUGUUAGUGACUGGAGAUUGUGUUGAUGGUGGUGGUGGUGAGUUGUGGUGGCGGUGGUGUUGGUGGUAGUGAUAGUGGUACUGUAGUAGUGCUGGUCAUGGUAAUGGCGGUGGGUGGUAGUGGUGGUGGUGGUGGUGAUGGUGGCUGUGGUAGUUUUGGUGGAGGAGGUGGUGGUAGUGAUAGUGGUACUGUAGUAGUGCUGGUCAUGGUAAUGGCGGUGGGUGGUAGUGGUGGUGGUGGUGGUGAUGGCGGCUGUGGUAGUUUUGGUGGAGGAGGUGGUGGUAGUGAUAGUGGUACUGUAGUAGUGCUGGUCAUGAAAAUGGCGGUGGGUGGUAGUGGUGGUGGUGGUGGUGAUGGUGGCUGUGGUAGUUUUGAUGGAGGAGGUGGUGGUAGUGAUAGUGGUACUGUAGUAGUGCUGGUCAUGGUAAUGGCAGUGGGUGGUAGUGGUGGUGGUGGUGGUGAUGGUGGCUGUGGUAGUUUUGGUGGAGGAGGUGGUGGUAGUGAUAGUGGUACUGUAGUAGUGCUGGUCAUGGUAAUGGCGGUGGGUGGUAGUGGUGGUGGUGGUGGUGAUGGUGGCUGUGGUAGUUUUGGUGGAGGAGGGGGUGGUAGUGAUAGUGGUACUGUAGUAGUGCUGGUCAUGGUAAUAGCGGUGGGUGGUAGUGGUGGUGGUGGUGGUGAUGGUGGCUGCGUAGUUUUGGUGGAGGAGGUGGUGGUAGUAGCAGUAUUUGUUGUUGUUGGUGGUGGUGUUUUACAUAAAGUAUAAGUAAAAUGAUUUUACUUAUACUUAUAAAUUGUUGCUUACAGUUUAAUGCAGUAGUAUCGUUGCACAGAUCUGAAACGAUUUCCAAGCAAGAGACUGUUUGCUUAAACUGGAUUGCACUUGACAAAUCGAAAUUAGGGCAAUGAUUUUACCUGUUUCGCGUUAUUUCCCCCCUUUACAUAUUACUAAACUAGGCUGUAGUAUUGAGAGAUAGAAGGAUCUGAAACAGAGUCAGCAUGAACAAUUUGGUAGUAAUAGUUGUGGCGGUGGUGCCAACAGGGGACGUGACUGUGUAGUGGUACUGAUACCAUAAUGCUCGAAGUUGUGAUAAAUAUAUUACUCGUUAUAAGAGCAGCAGACAAUAUCACAUUGUGCGCAAUUACAUUAUCACAAAUCCUCUAUACCCCCCGGUCUCUAUUAAGCCCCGCACCCUCAAGCGUUCUUGAAAUACAUUAGCCCCGGCAAGGCUUAGUAGAGACCGGAUUUAUUGUCAAAAAGGGAUAACCUCAAGGGGUAUGGUUUCUGCGCCGUUACGAUCUGAAAACGGGUACAGACUUUGCCCUUUCUGGUCUUUCGAGGGAAUUAUGGGAGUGCAAGAACGUCUUUGUCGUUUCCAAAUGAGUGAGCCGGGUGAGAGCGAUAUACGAAUUCGAAAGGUAAUUUAAGGAAUCUUUUUGUUGGCGUUCUAAUCUAAGUAAUAAUGACACAAUUUCUGUCAAAGUAAACAUAAAUGGCGCGUUUGUGACCGGCCCCUGCCAAACAAAGUCUACAGGCCAGGUUUGAAAACGGGUAUGGAUUUUAGAAGCUAGGUGAGAGAACAGUGUGAAAAUGACACUUUUUGGCUUAAAUAAGGUUAGGAUUUUAAGAACUAAGCAGCACACCUCCAUCAAGAAAUCCCGGAGUAGCCCCGGGUUUACGGUAUACAAUUUGUUUUUACUUUUUUAGGGUGUGAUAAAGGUGCGAAAAAGAGUUACUUUGAUGGUCCUGAUUAUCAGUUUCAUUUUUGGGGUGUGCUGGUUAACCGACUCAGCUAAUUACGUCGCCUACUACUUUUUCUCCUAUCCUGCAUUCUUACCAUAUGCAGCAUCUAACACGAUGAUCUUGUUCAAUUCUGCUAUCAAUCCAGUGGUGUACGCCUUAGUCAACCUGAGAUUCAGGCAAAAAGUGAGGGGAAUGUUGUUCGGCAAUUGCUAUAAAGCGUCUUCCACGGUGCAUCCGUCAAGAGGAACUUACCAAAUGGAAGUUACUAACGGCCGAAUCCAAGAGACAGAUGAAGUCUGCACUGGGUGA